AUGUCACAGAGGCCCGGGGCAUCUAGAACCCUGGGGCUUCCUGGCCUCAGCGUCAUCCGCCAGCAAGGCCACCUGGGUAGGUCAGCGGCUCCUGAGACCGGCCUUCAAGGACAUGAUGCACACGGGGCUGCCGCCGGGAGCAGUGUCUGCCUAGGGACGCCCUGGCCCCAGCUGUCCCGCGUCCCUGCCUCUGAGCUCCCCAUUCGAGCUCACGUCCCCUCUCAUCCCGGCCACGGGCCCCCCGGGAGGCCCUGGAGAUGUCCGAAGGCCUCCCGUCUGCUGUCCCCAGCGGGACCUAGCUCCACGCAGCAGCCGGAGGAGGAGGGAGGGGGGGCGGCGGCCAUGGGGUGGCGGCAGCAGCCGGCCGGGGCCCAGGGGGCCGUCAAGGCCUCGCUGAUCCUGCUGGCGCUGCUGGUGCCCUCGGAGGCCGUGGUGCGGGCCGUGCUGGACGGCAAUGCCAGCACCGUGGACUUUGCGGAUUUGCCGGCCCUGUUCGGGGUGCCCCUGGCCCCCGAGGGCGUGCGGGGCUACCUGAUGGAGGCCAAGCCGGCCAACGCGUGCCACCCCAUCGAGGGCCCGCGACCAGGCAACGGCUCGCUGGGCGCCAUUGUGCUGAUCCGCCGGUACGACUGCACGUUCGACCUCAAGGUGCUGCACGCCCAGCGGGCCGGCUUCGAGGCGGCCAUCGUGCACAACGUCCGCUCGGACGAACUGGUGCGCAUGGCCCACGUCUACGAGGACCUGCGGCGCCAGAUCGCCAUCCCCUCGGUGUUCGUGGGCGAGGCGGCCUCGCAGGACCUGCGGGUCAUCGCGCGCUGCGACAAGGCGGCCCAUGUCCUCCUGCUGCCCGACUACCCGCCGUGCCCCGACCUGGACUGCCACCCCGUGCUGGCCGUCUCCUGGGUGCUGGGCCGCGCCCUGGCUCUGCUCACAUCCACGGUCUUGGUCGUCCGCCAGCUGUGGAACUGGCUCUGGGCCUGGUGGAGCCGGGGGACAGAGGCCAAGCCGCAGGCCUGCCAGAAGGCGCAGGUCCGCACCUUCACGCGGAGGAACGACCUGUGUGCCAUCUGCCUGGAUGAGUAUGAGGAGGGCGACCAGCUCAAGAUCCUGCCCUGCUCCCACACCUACCACUGCAAGUGCAUCGACCCCUGGUUCUCGCAGGCCCCCCGGCGCUCCUGCCCCGUGUGCAAGCAGUCGGUGGCCGGCACGGAAGACGGCUCCAACUCCACCAUCGACAGCGUGGGCAACGAGGACCCCUCGCUGCCCGGACACCGGGCCCCCAUCUGGGCCAUCCAGGCCCGGCUGCGCUCGCGGAGGCUGGAGCUGCUGGCCCGAGCCGGCUCACAGGGCCACUCCAGUGGCACGUCCGUGGGGGUGGCCGAGGCCACGGAGUCCUCCCAGAGGCCCCCAGAACCCCUGUGAGGCACCGUGGCGCCCCGGGCUGGCCACGAUCGGGGCGGGGAGGGUGGAAAUGCGGAGUGUUUCUAGUCUAGAGAGAAUAAAGUGGGUUUGAAAGCGGA